AUGUGGCCGUUGGACCUGGACGAUGUGGAAGCUCCGGAGGAGGUGGAUGCGCUGGAGCUGGAGAUGGAUUUGGAGCAAUUGCUCCCGGGUAUCAACUAGAUGCUGGAGGCCAUCACGGAGCUCACCGGAAAAGCCGAGAGCACGUGUCUGAGGACCAGGAGCAAGUUGUGGGAGACAGACCUUCUCCUCAUCUGGAUAAAAACACAGGUGGAGGCCUCGGAGGACGGCGCCUUGAAUGGGCAUCCCAGUGGGGAGGCUGACGGCAGAGUAUCAGAGUUGUGCGAGAAGGCCAAGGAGAUCGAAAAGGUGGCAGAGAUGUUGGUCAAGCUUGUCUGGCAGUUGGAGAAAAGUGAAUUGUCCUGA